AUGUUUCAGAAUUUGUGCAAGACUUACAUAAUAUCAAUUUUGCUUCUUCAAUGUCGGUGUGGUAGUAUUGACGCGACUUCGACUCCUUUAAUUCAACCAGUUGUGAAGCUCGUCUUUAUCUCCGAGGAAAUUCAACGAUACGAUCUGAAUUCGACUUGUGAGCAGAUACUUCAGCGCUACAAAGAUGUCUCGUCUUUUCUGAGUUUGGAAGGAAAGGCAAUAGAGUGGAAGCAAAAAGAAACACCGUAUUCACUGUGGCGAAAAAUUCUAGAGCACAUAAUCGAACACAAUGCUAGUGUCGUGAUAAGCUUUCUACCGCCAAAGAAAAAUUAUGUACUUGUGGACGUACUGAGUAAGAGUGAUAUUCCGAUAAUUGGGCUUCAAAGUUUAACAGAAGAAUUCUACAAGACCUAUCAGGAAAGCUCGUGGUAUCUGUCAAUGCUUCCAUCAGAUGCUCUCCAAGCCCGCGUCUUAAUAGACCUGAUGCUAGAAUUUGAGGACAGUCGAUUUGUUUGCGUCACCACAGAAAAAUCACGUGACGACGCGCUGCUUUCUUAUCUCUUGCAAUACACAACGAACAUUGGUCAUCAGGCUGCUGCUCCCAGAUGUAUUAUCCUCCGUGAAAACAGCUUAUUGGAGGACCUUGGCUCGGGUUUGGCAGCCAUAAGUAGCAGCGGUGUGCGUUUAAUUGUUGUUCACUGUCAGGAAAAUGAGAGUACUGCUAUAAUAUCUCUUGCCAACAAACUUAGUUUAAAACUUUUAAGAGGUGACGUAUAUUGGAUCUUCACUGACAAAGCUGUUACUUUCAAUGCUAAUGCUUUUCCUGAGGGUUCGUUUGGCGUACAAAUAUUUCAAAGAACCGAGAAUACAAGUAUGGUGUCGCUUUAUAAAAGGCUGCUCCAGGACUCGGUAGAGUUAUUUGUGUUGGGAUUGAAGAGCUCCCUGGAUUGGUUGACACGCUGUAAUAAACUGGAGUGUUUUCAGGGAAGGCUUUUUACCACUUUUAAAAGACAGCUCUACAGGGAGAUGAUGCGUCAUAGUUUUCCUGGCCAGACGGGAUUUGUUCAAUUCGGUAACAAUGGCGAACGUACUUCCUUCAAAUUCACCAUAAUAAAGGCGUUGCGAUCACACGAUUUACAACAGGACGUGGAACAAAAUUGGCACGUGUUAGGAUUUGCCUGUCCAGAAAUGACCCUCCACAAUAGCCCCCAUAAUUUUGAGGCCUUUCUACCGAGGGACCUUCCUAAGCCGCGCCACUUGAGAAUAGUUACUAUUAAACAAGCGCCUUUUACAGCGAUCCAUGACGUGGAUUACAGCAGUAGACUGGGCACGAGUUGUCCGGCGAACACGGUUCCUUGUAGAGAAUUUCUUGAGGAUAAUGACACUUCUUCCUUUCCGGAGAAUGAAGGUUUCUGGAAACGCAGCAAAGGACCCUCAAGAAUUCAAUGCUGCUAUGGUGUUAUGAUCGACAUUCUUACCAAGAUUCAAGAAAUCGAAGACUUUUCAUUCGACCUUUACUUAGUCAAGGAUGGAAAAUAUGGAUCGUUGGAUCCGACCACAAAACAAAUGAACGGAAUGAUCGGGGACGUUUACCGAGGGACCGCCGAUCUUGCUCUCGGUGUUAUUACAAUUACCGAAGAACGUUCGAAGUACGUCGGCUUUACGACUCCGUACACCGACACGGCGCUAAUGUUCUUUGUGAGGCGAUUUGAAGCGAAUAACAAAACUUUUGCACAAAUCAUAAGUGACAUGAGAUUGUUGAAAUCCUUCAGUACGGAACUGUGGCUUAUGUGUUUGAUUGCAUUCUUUGCGGUUGCAGUUACGAGUUGGGUCUUUGAAAAAUUAUAUUACUAUAGGAAUCAUAAGAGCGCUUAUCUUUUACCCUUCGAAUUCAUAGCGUACGUUUAUGGGAAUAUAUUUCAUGUACCACUCACCAAAAUUCAGGCCAAAACUUACGCAGUUCCGAGCGUGAUGGUGGUGGCAAACCUUGCAGCCCUCGUUCUUGUCAGCUCGUACACCGCCAAUUUGCUGGCUUCUCUUAUCACUGUGGAGGAAACAAAUAUUGUGUCAGGCAUCGCAGACGAAAAGUUGGUAGAUCCUCCGACAGGAUUCGUAUUUGCAACAAUCAAAGACACAAGUACAGAGGACUUCUUUAAGAAAAGUCGGAGUGCCAGGCUGAGAAAGAUCUAUGAAAACAUGAAAGACCACAACGUGGAAACGUUCUCCGAUGGAAUGAAAAAACUCCGAUCAGGAGAGCUGACAGUCUUCAUAUCCGAAACAGGCGCUGAAGACGAUCCGAAUUGUGAGAUCAAAGAGAACGGUGUGCCUUUUGGAUUAUCUGGCCUCGCCUUCGCAUUGCAAAGGAACUCUUCGUGGACUCAUCAAAUUUCUCGCGCGAUUCACAAACUCAACGCGCAUGACACAAUACCGCAAAUAUUUCAGAAAUGGACGACGUCUCGAUGCAAAGUUUCGCAGCAAACUGUGAUCGCCCGUCCGAUGGGUCUUGGCGAGUUUGGAGGAUUCUUUUUCAACACUGCUAUGAUUUGUUGUGGAUGCUUUCUCCUCAUGUUGGCCGAAAUUGUCGUUUAUCGCAAAAUAAGUAGAACUAGGAGCAGUUUUAGUCCACAACAGAAUGGAAUAACACAAAAUGUUCUGGCACUACCCGACAGUUAG